AUGCUGCUGCUGCGGCCGCUCUGUGGGGCCCUGCGGCGGGCGGCGGCGGCGCAGCGGCGCCUGGGGAGCGGCGCGGGGCUGCGCUCGGCCCGCGGAGCCGCAGACGUCAACAGCUUCGCCGCUCGGACCAACACCUGCGGGGAGCUGCGCUCUGCUCACGUGGGCCGAAAGGUCGCGCUGUGCGGGUGGAUCCAGUACCGAAGACAGGGCCUCUUUCUGGUUUUGAGAGAUUUCCAAGGACUGACCCAGAUCAUCAUCCCACAGGAUGAGGCAUGUUCCCAUGUGAAGAAGCUCUUGACCAGUGCUCCACUAGAAUCUGUUGUGCGAGUGACUGGGAUUGUAUCCCUUCGGCCCCCAGGGCAGGAGAAUCCGAAAAUGCCAACAGGGGACAUUGAAGUGAAGGUGGAGACUGCAGAGGUCCUAAACUCCUGCAAGAAGCUACCUUUUGAAAUCAAGGAUUUUAUCAAGAAAUCAGAGGCCUUACGCAUGCAGUAUCGCUACUUGGACUUGCGCAGCUUUCAGUUACAAUAUAACCUGCGGUUGAGAUCACAGAUAGUGAUGAAGAUGCGAGAAUACCUCUGUAAUCUCCAUGGGUUUGUGGAUGUAGAAACACCAACGCUCUUUAAGAGAACCCCAGGGGGGGCAAAAGAAUUCCUUGUGCCCUCGAGGGAAGUGGGGAAGUUCUACUCUUUGCCGCAGAGUCCUCAGCAGUUCAAGCAGCUCCUCAUGGUUGGAGGUCUGGACAGGUAUUUUCAGGUUGCUCGCUGCUAUCGAGAUGAAGGUUCAAGGCCUGACAGACAGCCUGAAUUCACUCAGAUCGAUAUAGAGAUGUCAUUUGUAGAUCAAAGUGGAAUUCAGAGACUAAUAGAAGGCCUCCUGCAGUAUUCCUGGCCUGAGGAGAGAGGCCGCAUUACCACUCCUUUCCCUUCCAUGACAUAUGAGGAGGCACUGGCUGACUAUGGGACCGAUAAACCUGACACUCGCUUUGGCAUGAAGAUAGUGGAUAUCAGUGAUUUUUCACGAAGUUUGGGCAUUCACUUUAUGCAGAAUGCGCUCAGUUACCCACACGGCACUGUCAAAGCCAUUUGUAUCCCUCAGGGGGUGAGAUAUCUUAAAAAUAAAGAUUUUGAGUCAUUAAAGGAGGCUGCAAGAUCUCAGUUUAACCAGGAAAUUGUGGACGUUAUCUGCAGGCCUGAUGGAAGCUUGAAAUCUCUGCUUACAAAGUUUCUUGACCAGGAGCAGCAGUCAGAGCUCAUCCAAGUACUAAAGAUGCAGGUGGAUGACGUGGUCCUACUGGCAGCUGGAGAACACAAGCAAGUGUGCUCUACAUUAGGAAGCUUACGGUUGGAGAGUGCUGACCUCCUGGAGGCGGCUGGCCUGUUACUUCGUGAUCCUACAGCUUUUCAUUUUCUGUGGGUGGUAGAUUUCCCACUUUUUCUCCCCAAGGAAGAGAAUCCUACUGAACUGGAAUCUGCUCAUCAUCCUUUCACUGCACCUCAUCCUGCAGAUACGAGCCUCCUCUAUUCUGAUCCCACAAAGGUCCGUAGUCAGCACUAUGACCUUGUGCUAAAUGGCAAUGAAGUUGGAGGUGGCUCUAUCCGAAUUCAUAAUGCAGAGCUACAGCGUUUUGUGCUUGAGAAAGUGCUGAAGGAGGACUCUGAAGUGCUUUCCCAUCUGCUUGAUGCUUUGGAGUUUGGAGCUCCUCCUCAUGGAGGAAUCGCUUUAGGACUUGACAGGCUGAUCUCUCUCAUCAUUGGUGCUCCAAAUAUCCGAGAUGUCAUCGCUUUUCCCAAAUCCUUCAGGGGACGGGACCUGAUGGGCAAUGCUCCAGACUACGUCACUCCAGAAGAGCUAGAGCCAUAUCACAUUCAGGUUUCCUGGCCUAUUGCAGAAGCAGAGGCAAAGAAAAACUAACUUAAAGCUAGUGAUAUGAGGUGAUUUCUUUUUUAAACCAGGGAUGAUUUUAGCUUCUGAAUCCUAGAAUUCAAUUCAGAAAACAUCAGCUGGUAUGGGAGAGUACAACCCCACUACACCAUGGCAGUUUCAUGAUUGAAUGGGGAAUACAUAUGAGAGCCCUGUGAUAGGGGUUUGCUCUUGACUUGGUAAUGGGAAGGAGAAGUAGAAAAGCAAAGCAGCAGCACCUCAUUUUGGCAUAGGAUAUUGAGGCAAUUGGCUUUGAGGUGUCAUAUUGGAGUGAAGUUGGGAUUUUUCUUUUUCUUUUUAGACUCCUCACUUUUUAUCUAUCCCUUGUAAAAUAUCUCUCCUCCUAUCUGGAGAAGAUUGUGUAUCAGCUUCUCUGGUAAAAGAUCUGUACUCCUGAUAAUCAUCAAAUCUCCAUUAGAUGAGAACUAUUUGAACAGAGCAGAGCUGUGCUGGGCCAAGAGCAUAAUGAGUGUUCAGUGCAGCCUACAGCUUCUCUCUUGCUGGAGGAUGCAAGAUCAUCCAGAGGUUACUACAGGGAAUUUGUAUUGUCAGGUGUGAUCCCUAACUAAAGGGCUGGGAAGGAGCAGGAGCGUACAUAGCAUUUGCAACAGUUCUUAUAGUACUCAUCAAAUGGGUGAUGGUCUGUUUUUGGGGCCUGUGGUCCUUUUGCUUUCAGAACAAUAGUUCUGAAGUUUGUGUAUUUGUAAAUAAAGUUAAUCUGGCAGUUUGGUUUUAA